CUUCUUUUUGUUCUUAGUACCGCAUUAAUAAGUAAUGUCACAUUUGACAUCAAGUUUUACUACAGAAAUUAUUAUGUAAAUUUACUUUGUAUCAGAAUCUGAUUCUACGGCUAAGAAAACCAAUCUUCUGCUUGCUUCUAUUCUCUAUCUCUUUGAAUCUUCUUCUUCCAUUAAUAAUCUUCUUAAUCCCGAUUCCUCCUUGUUUCUAUCUUUCUUUCCCUCCCAAUGCUUACACACUCCACCUGUCUCAGUAUAAAUGGAUGAUAUAUCUCUCUAUCACACUUCUCUCCAUAAUCCUGACAAAACUUAACCAAUUCGUAAUCCUUUGUUAAUUAAACACUCUGUGUAUUUUAUCUUGGAAUCUCCGAUCUUCUUUCUUUUCUUUGUCUCUCUCUCCAUGUAAAUUUCUCUCAUAAUUUCUCUUUCUCUUUCUCUGUUUAGCAGCCAUGGCGGCUAAGAAAUUAUCAGAGACGUUUUCUAAAUCAUUAAUAGACGAAGUACAGAAAUGGGGUUUGAUGAAACAAAAUGGUGUGAGUUUAAGAUAUAUGAUGGAAUUCGGGUCGAAACCUACUGAGAAAAAUUUGCUUAUUUCUUCUCAAUUUCUUCACAAAGAAUUGCCUAUUAGAAUUGCUAGGAGAGCUAUUGAAUUGGAGAGUUUGCCGUAUGGUUUGUCCAGUAAACCUGCUGUUUUACAGGUACGAGACUGGUACGUAGACUCCUUUCGAGAUCUUCGAGCAUUUCCGGAGAUCAAGGAUACAACUGAUGAGUUAGCUUUCACGCAAAUGAUUAAGAUGAUUAAAGUGAGACAUAAUAAUGUGGUGCCAACGAUGGCUUUGGGUGUUCAGCAACUGAAGAAAGAUUUGAGCCCAAAAAUCAUGCAACCUGUGGAUGAAAUCCACCAAUUUCUUGAUCGUUUUUACAUGUCGAGAAUUGGGAUUCGAAUGCUUAUUGGGCAGCAUGUGGCUUUGCAUGAUCCUAAUCCGGCACCAGAUUGUGUGGGUUACAUACAUACUAAAAUGUCUCCCAUGGAGGUAGCACGGAAUGCCAGUGAGGAUGCCCGUUGUAUAUGCAUGCGCGAGUAUGGGAGUGCACCUAAUAUCGACAUCUAUGGCGACCCAAAUUUCACUUUCCCGUAUGUUCCGACACACUUGCAUCUGAUGGUAUUUGAGCUAGUUAAGAACUCCCUGCGUGCUGUCCAAGAACGAUUUAUGGAUUCAGACAAAAUUGCUCCUCCUGUUAGAAUCAUUGUUGCCGAUGGGUUAGAAGAUGUCACGAUAAAGAUUUCUGAUGAAGGUGGUGGCAUUCCAAGAAGUGGCUUGCCCAAAAUUUUUACCUAUUUGUACAGCACAGCUAAAAAUCCACUGGAUGAGUACUCAGAUAUGGGAUCAUCGGAUGGAGUAACAAUGGCUGGAUAUGGAUAUGGGCUUCCAAUAAGUCGUCUUUAUGCUAGAUACUUCGGAGGAGACCUGCAAAUCAUAUCCAUGGAAGGAUACGGAACUGAUGCAUACCUUCAUUUGUCUCGUUUGGGGGAUUCGCAAGAACCACUGCCCUGAUUCCUGAUCCUCUACCAGUAGUUGGAUAUAUACAUCAUCUGAACGUGGUCAUAUAUUCCAAGUGAUCAAGAAUAUUAUGAUGAGAAUAUCCAUCUAUCAACAUUGACCAGAGUAGGAUUAGCUAUGAGAUCCUCGUACAUAUGCUUGAUUGAUUCAAUAAUCAGUCUUCUGUUCAUUUCGUUUCUUAGUCAUAACAUAAGGUGGACAAUGAUGUAGUGUCAAUCUUGAUGCAGGAUUUUGAAUAAUAAGCCUUCUGUUCAUUAUGAAAGUAUUUUCGUUUCUGUUA